AAUGCUUCUUGUAACCAUAGCUGCUGAUUGCGUGACCACAACUGCCUGAUGGAAGCUCCUAGCUGAGUAUCUUAAAAGACGUGUUCUUCCUACUCAUUGAACGGCCAUCCAACAUAUCAUAACUUUCUCCCCCACUACCAUGCCCAAAAUUCCUGCUUGGAAGCAGCGUUUGCACGAGUUGCAUCUCAAUCCCCCUCGUUAUGAAGCAUCAUGGUACGGGCCACUCGAUAAACUCGCCAAUCACGUUUUCGCGGCAGAUUGCUUCAUGGUCAAGCCGCAGCCAAAAAUCAGGCGCAGUCUUCCCGAUGAUGGAGACGAUAAUCAGCCGUUUGAAGAUGAAGGAUUAUCUUUAGACUCCAUGGGCGCUCCAGUUAUCCAUGACUCCUACUUCGAGCCGGACUUCAUUAUCGUUCAUGUGGGUGAUAACCGAGAUGUUCCAUUGGUGUGUAUCGAGGUAAAGAAGGAGGGAGGGACAUAUCAAUCGGCGGGCACCCAGUUGCAUGAAUACAUCGAGGUUUUGGCUGCGAAGGAUCCCCAUGAUGAAUUCGUGGGCAUCCUUGUGCUUGGUGGGAAAUUCUAUUGUUACAGUAUUCAUGGGAGGCGGGCACCGACUCCAGGUGGAGACGGUUGGGAGACAGCGGACAAUUUAGAAGGAGUUUUUGAAAAAAUAGCCAAAGGUGUGUUAGGAGGGAAAGGGAAACGCCGUUGAGCAUGACGUUGAUGUAUCAUUCCGUACAGUAAGACCGUAGCGGUAUUGUGUCUUUUUAGCUAUUGGACAACCCAAUGCAUUACCAUUGCUAGAACCUAGUAAGUAAAUUUAACAGGAGC